UUUAAAGUUUUCUAAUCAACGCAUUUAGUUCUUGUAUCCAGUAUAAUUUUACAGGAAAAUAGUUGACAAUUGAUUUAACACUGAUUUAACUCAGAACCAAUAGAAGUUCUAAAUACAAGACCCAGAAAGAGGAGAGACACAGGGGAUGAUGAUAAUGCUGCAACCAACUUUGCUGUCCUUCCCCGUAUCCCCAACCCCAUCGCCUGUCUGUCCUCUGGUGACAUGCUCAUUUUCCAUCUCACCAUCAACCACACUGACCGCCAUUUCAGCCACUUCCCAGUGUAUCAGAAAGACCACCUAUUUAACAGUAACCCCAGCUGGGAUUUUGGUGCCUUCAGACGUCUGCAUACACUCAUAACGCAGACAAACUUCAAUUCUACAAGGUUUGCCCAUGUGUUUUCAGAAACAGGGAAGUAUGUGUUCGUUGAUAAUGCUGUCCCAGAGUGGAGUAUGGUGGUGGUUGUCAGUGAGGAGGGGACAGAGUGUGACCCUCGGGCCUCCGUCUUCCAGCCCAUGACCCCAGCACAGCUGGUCAAGUACGGCAUUGUCAAGCAGCACAGACUCAACCUUCUACCUGACUGGGGAGUUAUAGCAGGGAUCCUGAGUCUGCUGCUGGUUCUAGUUGUGGUUGUGACCACCACAGUGCUAGUUCUACGACCUGGCAAAGCAAAACUUGUCUCCCAGUGGAGGACUAAGCCAAAGUGGCGCAGCCUUGGGGAGCCCUUCUGUCCAGUGGAUUGUGUUUGCAGUGGAGACAGCAUAGUUGUCCCAAGCCUAGGUGGCUUCCUAGGCAGUAGGGGUGUAGGAGAGGGAGCAGAAUCUGAGGAACCCGCUGUUUCAAAAGGAGGAAGUGUGUCAGGGUGUUGUGAUUUGGAGGAGUUCAAUGUGAAGACUCUUUAUGACAAACUAGAGGAUCAGAACCUCCACAUAGCCUCACAACUGGCCCGACACCGCAAAGACACACAGGAGUUUUAUAGAAACAUCUGUCAACAGACUGAAACACUCAAGAACGUCUUUGAGAAUAUGGAUCAUAAAAAACUUAGUCUUCUUAAGGAGCUGCUAGUCCAUAAUGCAAUGAGGGAUAAACCAUCUAACAGCAGUGCAGGAGAGAGAGAUACACAAGCUGAGGCCUCUGUAGCAUUACUGGGAGCUGUUCUCAGAUCAGUGGAAGCUCUCUUAUGCAGGCUGACAGGAGAAGGUUGGCAUAACCAGGAUGUGUCUGGUCCCCCGUACUGUCAUACUGGUCCUCAUGAUGCCAGGGAAUGUGAGCCACAAUCUGGAUACAUACAACCCGGUGACACAAACAUGUGUUAUACGCAGUGUUCAUCAGUGAAUAUGACCAAAGCAGAAGCUCUUCCCCAUGAACCAGUCCAUCUACAGAGCACAGCUCCUUGUCUAAGUGACCAUGACCUGUCCAAGUUGGUCUGCAUAUCUCCUCUAUUCAAGACCCUGCAAGAGAUCCAACAGUCUUUACAGGAACUUACCACAGCUGAAUCUAAUCAUCAUCUCCACCAUGCAACUACAGAGCAUUCUAUCCAGGACAACAAUGAUGGGCAACUUAUUCCGACUGCACUGGACAACCUCUCACCUCAACACUCUGCCGUCUUCCUUUUUGGUUGCCAAGUGAUGCAGUUGCUUGCAAACUGUCCCCUGUUCCCUUCUGUGCUGCUGUUGCUCGCCAAGUCAAUCCCUGGUUCUCCAUCUUCCUCUAAUGAGGCUCUGCUGGCACAAUGCUCAAGGGACUUUUAUUUUGAUGCAGCCAAUCAAAUCCUUUAUCUAUCAGAGGAAAAGCUUCAGCAUGUGGGACAUUUCAUUGCUACCCUUCUGGAGUCCAUGGCCCACAUAGCAUCAGGAUCUAAACCCCAGAGCUUUAUGCAAGCACUCCAUGAGGCUAUUUCAGCUUUAAGCCUUCAGCUGUUCAACUUUUCUUUCAAAUGGAGCACAACAGAGUCAAAAUUUGAUGCUUCAGAGGAGCAGCAUGGUGCAUUAGUUGAUGAAUUUCUCAACAUUAGAGUUCCCACUGAAACACAGUUCACUGAGCACCUAUUAGCUUGCAGACUGGAGAAAUACAAAUAUUUCAAGUUAGAGCAGCUCAUCGCAACCCUCAAACAGAGUUCAGCUGAGGACAAAGACACAGGUUUACCACCAAAAGGGACACCGAUGCAGAUGUCCUGUAUAGAGGAAGAAAUUGACAGCAUGAAUGAGUCUUUCUUGCAGCUGAGUGUGCAGCUACAAGAGAGAGCUCAAAUGAGUGCACGGCUAAAGGAGAGAGAGAACAGUGCUGGCAACCAUGCUGAGAGGGCAACACCAACAAGCAUGCCAAGCCUGAGUCGUAAUGGAACAAUCCUGCUGGAACUGAAGAGACGCCAUGUAUCACAGCGCCUCAAUGAGCUCCAAAUCACAUUAGGCCAGAACAGACGGUGCCAGCAGCGUGACAGCAAGUCAAAAGAUGGGACAAGAGGCCAUAGUCAAACAGACAGCAGCACCACUCAGCAGGGGCAGAGGGAGCAUUAUCCUAGCAUAGAUGGCUGCAGUCCUGCUGACGGCCAGCGGCAGGACUGCAUUCCAGCUAGCCAGAGUCACAGCCAACAAACCGUAGAGAGCAAUAACUAUAAAGUGGAGAGUCAUAUUUCUGACCAGCAGAGGAGUGACACAGUCCAGAGCAACAACCCUGGAACAUUACUGGGCUGCCAGAUGCUAGAGAGCCAAGAUCAGCUGCAUGUUAAUGUCACAGGAAAGCAGGAGCUAAACAGUCAGAUCACAAUAAAAAAUACAACUGGACAUACAGAUGUUGAUGACAUGCUGGGUCCUACUGGUCAGAAGCUGGAUCUGAAUGUAGAUAAAUGCUGAAUAAUGUGUGUUUUUAUGCGGUUCUCUCACCGUCACUUCUCGGUCUCCCUCCUUGUUUUGCUUUUUCAUGCUGAGCCUAAAAUAGCUUAUCUACACACAGUGUAAUAUUAUAUUGUGUUUGACGAGGAAUGAUCCGAGUGACCUCUGUCUUAAUUUGCACCAGCUUUUAAACAAUUCAGCUGUGUUCUUUUUAAUUAUCUGUGAUCCCGGACAGAAAUUAUUUCUGGCAACAAGCAGCAGUGUGACACAGUCUGUCAUCUUGUCCAAAUAGUUUCUCAGUCAGGAGUUAAUACCGGUCUCUGAGAAAGGCUUUGUUCAUUACCAUAUUCUAAUUAAGACAAUAAACUUCAGCUGAAUGAACACAAGGUGA